AUGUACAACUCCUACGCACCGUCUCCUGGACUUCAUCACUCGCAUAGCAGUUCCUCGCGUUAUUCGCGUUCGACGCCUGCUCCGGGUGGCUACGGCCAGCAGGCGCCAGGGUACGGCGCGCCAUACCAGCAACAACAAUAUCAUGGCCCUCCUCCUGGGGCCGAUCCUCAGCUUUGGCAGUGGUUCAACGCCGUAGAUGCCGAUCGCUCCGGUGCCAUAUCGGUAAACGAACUGCAGAGCGCUCUGGUGAACGGCAACUGGUCAAAGUUCGACCUCGAUACCGUCAAGAUGCUCAUGAACAUCUUUGACACUGACAGGAGUGGGAGCAUCGGUUUCAACGAGUUCUCUGGCCUGUGGAAGUACAUUUCCGACUGGCAAAAUGUCUUCCGACACUUCGACAGGGAUCGCUCUGGUUCUAUUGACGGGGUGGAGUUGGCGGAGGCCCUGCGUAGCUUUGGCUACAACCUUUCGCCUAGUAUAUUGACGCUGAUUGAGCAAAAAUACGCCGCUGGCCCUUCGUCGGGGUACGGACCGCCGCCCGGUAUCACCUUUGACCGCUUCGUCCGCGCUUGCGUUGCUGUGAAGACGCUCACGGAGGCCUUCCAACGCCAAGACACGGACCGGGACGGAUGGGUAACUGUGAACUACGAAGACUUCAUGAAGAUCGUCUUGCACGCUCCCUAA